CAUUCGUUGCCAAACUCAAAACUGACUUUCACUCAUUCAUACGAACUACGAACGACAAUUAAUUGUGCAAAAGUGAAAAAAGUGAAAAAUACCAAAUGUUUUUCUCAGUUUCCCAUAAAUAUUCACCUGAAAAAGUGUUUAUGUCUCAAUUGCUAUCGAUAACAUUAUUCAGAUAAGAUAAUAUUUGCCCGCAAAGUGCGAUUAGAUAAAUCGCUAAAUUGAUUUUAAUUAUUCACCAAAACCAGAAGGGUUGCUUUUCCAUAUUCGUUUAUUCUGUUUCCUGUUUUCUUCGAUUUCAAAAUAAUAAAAAAUAAAAAACUUGUGUGUUAUGUGUGACAUUUUUAUUAACUUCAUUUUAAAUAUUGAUCUAAUUAAAACCAAUAAACAUUUGCAUUGAGAAACUUACUAAAAGAAUUAGAAAAACAAAUAGAAAAAGGAAAAUCAAGUAAGCUGCAAGUACCUAUAAAUGUAAAAUCCAUAAAAUCUGCUAAUUUUUGUUCGCUGGAACAAAAUAAAAUAAAAGCAAAAGAAAAACAUAAAAAACCUGACCCCCACAUCGUCGUGGGUCUGACAACGAGCGUCAAGCUGUGAGUGACUCACGCGAUUGUGCAUAACUGGGGCUGGAGGUGCUUUUGUUAUUUAUUUCUUAUUCGUUUUGUUUUGUCGUUGUCGUCGUCGUAGUCGUCGUGUUGUACUUGUCCUUUUGUUGUGUUUUAAGCCUCCCCAAUGGGAGCUCACACCAAAUUAAAUUAAUUCACAUAUCUGCAGUCAUUCUCUGUCUUGUAUAUUAUUUAUAAAUAACAUUGAAUUAAAUAAAUAAAUGAAUAAAACAAUGAAACAGCAAAUGUCAUCAAGCGCUGCUGGAAGCGAAGGAGGCGGUGGUGGUGGCGGCGUUGGAGGUGGAGUCGAACGCCAGAAAAUAAACAGUAGCAGUGAUCUAUUGACGACGAGCGAAAACGAGACCGUCUUUGGACUUCUGGGACGAAGAUGUCAGUCAAUGAGCACGGCCGUUGUUCAAAUAUACAAAACCGAAGGAUCUGCCCAUUCACAUUGGAAGAAAAAGCACACAGGAGUUGUGUGUUUUGUGAAGGACAGUUGCAUACGUUCGUACUUUUUCCGUGCUUAUUGUUUGAUAAAAAAUGAACUCAUAUGGGAACAUGAGGUAUACGAAUCGCUAAAGCUUAACAAAGCUCGACCUUUUCUUUUAACUUUCGAAGGACAGGAUGGAAAUGUUGGACUUAAUUUUGUGUCCGAAACUGAGUGUGAUAAUUUUUAUCGAAUUGUCGAGGCUACAAUGGAGACACGCAACCGAAAACGUCAAGAACGACGCCAAAGAUCAAGGUUAACUUCAGCACCACCCUCGGUGCCCAAUGCCAAAAAUAACAAACUUCAACUGCAACCAGCUGCAACGAAUGUUUCCAAUUCCGAUGAUCGGGUACAGAUGCGCAACCACAGUACGGCAAAGAUUCCAACAUCACAACCCAAGGCCACAUUUUUGUCCUCUGGCUUUUCGCUCCUAUCGAACAAUAAGGAUAAAAAACCAAAAUACAAAAAAUCCGACAUUAGCAAUCCAACUAACUUUGUACACAUUAGCCAUGUUGGUUGGGACGUUAAUAAUGGCUUUGAUACGCAUGGCACGGAAGAAGAUAAGAAGUUGACGAAUUUCCUCAAUAAAGCUGGUGUCUCGGAAAAUCAUAUGAAUGAUCGUGGUACAAGAGAAUUUAUCUAUGAAUUCAUUCAAACAAAUAAAGUUUUCGAAGUGGAAGCGGAAAAAGUCGAAGAACCAAAAGCUCCGGAACCUGCUCCACCACCUAUACCGAGUAGACAAAAUCAGCUGCCUCAAAAUGGAACAUCUCAAAGAUCUGCACCACCUCCACCACCAGCUAGACAGCCUCCUCCACCUGUGCCCACUACAACACCUAGAGGAAAAGUACCUCAGCCACCUUCAAGGCUGCCUCCUGUGCAAACUAUCGUAACUGCACCUGCUGCUCCUCCUCCACCUCCUCCACCACCACCACCUGUUGCUCCGCCACCUCCACCCAUGCCAACUGCAACAGAUGCACCAUCAGUAACUUCCAACACUCUGAAACCCCCAGCUCCGGCGGUGCCAGUUGUAAACGAUACGAGGAGUGCUCUAAUGGACAGCAUUCGAAAGGGAACAACAUUAAAGAAAGUUGAUACAUCUACACUAAGUACUGGCAGCGGAGACUCACGCAGUGAACUUUUGUCAGAAAUACGAUCUGGAAUUGAAUUGAGGCCAGUCGAAAGUCGAGAACUAGCUCCGGCCUCGAACCGAGUUAGCGAUGAGAGUUGUGGUACCGAUGCUUUAGCCGACGCCCUUCGACGAGCUCUACAAGAACGUGGUCCUUAUGUGCAGUUGUCUGACGAUGAUGACAGCGAUCAAAGCUCAGAGAACGAUGGUGAAUGGGAUGAUUAAAAAAAACUUAACGAAACUGUAUUAUACAAAAAAGUAUGUAUUGUAUAAUACACAUCAUGACCACUUUUAAAUAUUUAGGGAAAAAUAGUUCAAUUGAUUAUUAUUAUAAAUUAAAAUACAUAAAUUAUAAAAUGUAUUCUUAUAUCCCAACUCAUGGUUGUUUGCACUUCAUAUCCAUAUCCGUAGAUAGACUCUUUUUUCUCAAAUGGUUUAAUUAUGAAAAAAUUUUAAAAAUUAAAUGUAAAAAAAAAACAAAAUAAAAUAGAAAUAACGCGGUUUAGGUGAAACAUUCAGUUGAUUUUUGGUGAGUUGUGAGUUUUCGAAUUGAACCAUUUGGUUAAUUAUAUAUCAUACAUGUCCCAUCAAAUCAUUGUAGCACUUUUAUGAUUAUGGUCUUUCCAAAAAAAAAACAAAAAAAUCUUUUUAGGAAAUUCUCUAAAAUAACCAGAAAAAUUUCAAUUUUCAAUUUUAUUCUUAACCAACCCCAAUGUGCCAAAUGCAAAGGUUUAAAUUUGUAAUGAAAUGUUUUUAGAAAAUCUUAAAAAUGAAAUGAAAAUGAAAAAAGAAAAUCUAAGAAAAGAAUGAAGACUCCUUGAUAAACUAAUAUUCAUCUAAUGUGCCUAGAUCCCCUAAAAAGGCUGCAGAAUGAACUAUUUUAAUAUUCCCAUUAAUAGAUUUAAGAUUUAUAUAAACAAAAAAAAACAAAACUUUAAAAGAAACAACUUAAAUCUUAACUCUAAAAACUGAAAGAAAAAAACAACACAAACUUAACACAAAUUAUAAAAUAAUAUGUAUAUGUAGUCAAUGUAUUUACAGAGAAAAUUUGUAUAAUUUGUUUUCAAAAGAAAAAUCAACAAAAUAUUAUUCAGGUACAUAAACAUUAACAUUAUAAUACGUUAUCGUUGUUGUUAAUAAAAUGUAACAUAAUAUAAUACCUACAUUAAAAAAUAAAACUAACAUUAAAAAAAUGUGAAAUUAAUUAACAAAAAGGAAAAAAACAAUUUGAUUGAAAUAAUUUUAACUGUUGCAUGCAUGUUUGUUAUAAAUUGAUGACGAAACAAUUAUUAUUAUUACUAUUAUUAAAAAUAAAUGCGUUUAAUUUUAAAUAAAACAAACAUUUUAUCCUAUAAAAGGGCAUUUUUCAGAAGAGCUUCAACCAAAGGUUGAAAGGCAUUUUUUGAUUUUAAUGUAUAAUAAAACAAAAAAAAACUGUUAUUUUUUCCAUGUUAACUUUAUUUUAUUCCAAGAAAAACAAAAACAAAAACAAAACAAACUACUUUUAAUCUUUAACCUGUAUAAAAAUUGAUGUAAAGAGUUAUUAACAUGAAAUAAAUUAUCUAGUAUAAUAACUAAA